CUUUUGUUUGGAAGUUCCUUUGAAAAAUAAUACAGUUUUGGGGAAUAAUACACGUUUUCUCUUUUACUUUUUUACCUUCUCUUUGAAGCCUCCUAACAACUUCUCUCAAGGUGAUUCUACAUAUACAAGUUGUUGGUGUAUGUUACUCUGCAUCUAAAACCUUCGAGCUUUGUAAGGGAGGGAAGCUUCUAGUACAGUGGGAUAUGAAGAGUUGAAGAAAAAAGUAGGUGGAAGCGGAGCAGAAAGGCCAAGAACAGAUCUUGAUAUAUUGUUAAAGAAAAAGAGCAUGAUGAAUGUUCUAAGGUGUGGAGGGAAGACAUGUAUGAAUGAUGAUGACGUGGAAAAUAACUACAAGGGAAAAGAACAACCUUCGAGGAAUGUGAUCGAAGAAAACACAUUGCAAAGCUCAGAAGAACGACGCAGUGAUGAAGCUAAGGCACAUGGUUGGUGGUUGUUGCCAAAGACAACAUACGAAGCAAUAAAAGAGAAUAACCCUGAAUCCGAUUGGGCAGAAAUAGACAGUCGCACUUUAAGGCAACAGAGCCCUAGGAGAAACACUGUGCUGCAUAUAGCAUCUCUGUACGGGAAUGAUAAGUGUGUGAAGAAAAUAGUUGAAAUUGGUUCAAACCUGUUGAGAGCAAAAAAUAGUAAUGGUGAUACACCACUGCAUGUUGCUGCAAGAGCUGGCAACAUCUCUACUCUUAAGAUUAUGUUGCCUGCACUUCUCCAUGACUUAGAUCCAAAGUCUGAAAAAGCAAAAGAGGCAAUCUUUGUAACUAACAGCCAGAACAAUACUUUCUUUCAUGAGGCCUUACUGAAUGGUCACAAAGAUGUAAUGAAGAUUUUAGAUAUUUCACAAGACUUCAAGAAACUGGUCGAGGAAACUGCAUUUUCUAUUACAGACAAUGAAUACAAAUCAGUGUUGCUCUUAGCAUUUGAGAAAGGCUACGAGGAUAUUGUUGAUGAUGUAUUGACCAGAAUAAUUCCAAGUAAUGAAGAGAAAUAUUCAUCCCUGGUAAAAGACAACGCAGAACCAAUAAUGAACGAUGGAGAAUUCUCCUAUGGCGGUCCCGUUGCUGAAGGGCGCAUGGCAAAUAUGGAUAUGGAAAUGGACAAACCAAGUAUAAUCAUGCGGACGUUCUCGAAAAAUCAAGGAGUCCGAUCACCGGCCAUUGUGGCAAUCUUAAAGGAGAAUAAAGGUAUUCUAGAGAAAAUAGUAAACAAAAAGAGAGAAUGGAUUCAUGUUAAAGAUCAAAAAGGAAGAAAUGCUCUUCACUAUGCAGCUUCCAUGGGUUACCUAAAUGGUGUUGAGUGCUUGCUUCAAAAUUGUGAUACUUGCAAUAUGGAAAGAGAUAAAAAUGGCUUUUAUCCUCUUCAUAUGGCUUCUGCAUGUGGACAUAUUGAAGUGGUAAAGAAAUUGCUUCAAAACUUUCCAAAUCCCAUAGAAAUAAUUGAUAAGAAAGGUCGAAAUAUUGUUCACAUUGCAGCUAUAAUGGGACAAUUUGAUGUGGUAAGGUACAUCUUGCAAGAUGCAAAUGAUGGAGUUAAAGAUAUGAUAAAUAGCAAGGAUUACGAUGGAAACACUCCUUUGCAUUUGGCUGCGUCACACUGCCAUCCAAAAAUUGUACAAGCCUUGACAUGGGACACAAGAGUUAAUCUCAAUUUGCUUAACAACAACAACCAAUCAGCGCUUGAUGCUUUUGAACAAGUUAAACAACAAAAUAAUCCACCCAUUGCACAGCGGCUAACAUGGUGUCAACUAAAAUCUGCUGGUAUACAAAAUGGUGAAAGAGGGUCACACUCCAUUUACGUCCCUUCUUCUCCUUACAAACCAAAAUCCAAAGAUGCGGAAUUUUAUAAAGACAGAAUCAACACCCUUAUGUUGGUCUCAACUCUUAUAACUACAGUAGCAUUUGCCGGAGGUUUUACUUUGCCUGGUGGAACUAAUAGUUCUUCUCCAGGACAAGGCAUGGCUCUUAUGCUAAUUCACGUGUGGUUUAAACCAUAUAUUUUAUGCACCACAAUAUCCAUGUAUGGUGGCAUUAGUGUUACUAUUAUACUCAUUUGGGCUCAAUUGGGAGAUGUAACUUUGGCUCUUUUUGCCCUUAAAGUGGCAAGACCCCUUUUAGGAGUCACUCUUGCAACCCUAUCAAUUGCAUUCUUGGCUGGUGUCCACCUUGUUAUAAGCGAUCUCAGUUGGUUGGCCACUACUGUUCUGAUUUUGUGUGUGAUCUUCAUUCUCCUACUUUUGUUACUGUACACUCUUCUCUGGUUUCCCUCAGAAUCAAGCAACCUAAUAAUGCGAUACAUUUCUUUCUAUCCUUUCCAGUUUCUCACAUGGUUACUUGAAAAAGACUCAAUUGAAGAAUUGGAAGAACAUAAACAUGAAGAAAAGAAAGAAGAGAUUGAUGAGAAUGAUGAUGAUGAUGGUGAUGAUGAUGACGAUGAUGAUGAUGAUGAUGUGGAAGACGAGCAGGAUGAUGAUGAGGAUGAGGAUGACAAGGAUAAUGAUGAUGACAAGGAUUAACAUUUUUGGAUGAAAACAGGGACCAAAAGAGUAAUUAAACCAACAAAAAGCACUUCCAGUACCAUGCAAAUUGGAAAGCAUGUCAAUUGAAAAGUUAAAGGAAACUAUUUAAAACAUUAUAUCCUUCUUAUUAGAUUUCGGUAUGCUAUUUACUUAUACAAAUAUAAUGUACACCAAUAAGUGAUUUUGUUAUGAUGUAAGAAAUUGAAUUUUAAGGUAAAAUAAAAGGGGGAAGUAAUUGUUUGCAUUUGUAAUUGGGUUUAAUAAGUUUUUGUGGA